AGUCAUUCUCAAACCUCUGUUCGUGGAAAUUAAUACCCAAAAAUUUCCAUUAAUAGGUAUUUCAAUAGCUUCAUGCUGUUCUAAAAACAAACACAAAACCAAUAAAAAUGCCUUUACUAUUCCUCUGGUUUUUCCUCACGAGCACUAGUCUUGUCUCUGCACUUCAAACUCUUCCAUGCAUAAACACAACCUACUUUAUACCUAAUUCGACUUACGACACAAACCGUCGCGUUAUUCUCUCAUUGCUUCCUUCUAAUGUCACAUCACACUUUGGCUUCUUCAACGGUUCAAUAGGUCAAGCUCCUAACAGAGUAUAUGCCGUAGGCAUGUGUCUUCCAGGUACUGAAGAAGAGAGUUGCAUAGGUUGUCUCUUGUCUGCUUCCAAUACAUUAUUAGAAACCUGCCUCACCGAAGAAAAUGCUCUUAUCUGGAUCGCAAACAGAACUAUUUGUAUGAUCCGAUACUCCGAUACUUCCUUUGUUGGUUCGUUCGAGUUAGAGCCGCAUCGUGAAUUCCUCAGUAUUCAUGGUUACAAAACGAAUGAAACAGAAUUCAAUACAGUAUGGAGUAGAUUAACUCAACGUAUGGUACAAGAAGCUUCCUCAAGCACAGAUGCAACAUGGUCUGGUGCUAAGUACUAUACAGCUGAUGUAGCCGCCUUGCCUGAUUCGCAGACUCUCUAUGCAAUGAUGCAAUGCACUCCUGAUUUGUCUCCGGCUGAGUGUAAUCUCUGUUUAACAGAAAGCGUUGUUAACUAUCAGAGUUGUUGCCUUGGACGUCAAGGCGGCUCUAUCGUUAGGCUAAGUUGCGCUUUCCGGGCAGAGUUAUAUCCAUUUGGUGGAGCUUUUACUGUUAUGACAGCAAGACCUUUGUCACAACCUCCACCGUCAUUAAUCAAGAAAGAUAGCGGAAAGUUUUCAACGGAAACUAUUGCUGCAAUUGUUGUUCCCAUUAUAGUGGUCGCUAUCAUCUUCUUGGUACUUCUUGUUCUUUCUCGCCUAUUUGCCCGGAGGAGAAAAUCUUAUCAAGAAAUUGAUCUUGACCAGUCUGGUAUUACGACUCUACACUUCCAACAACUCGAUUUUAAGACAAUUGAAGUUGCAACUGAAAAUUUUGCAAAGACUAACAAGCUAGGUCAAGGUGGAUUUGGAGAAGUUUACAAGGGCACGUUAGUUAAUGGAACAGAAGUUGCAGUGAAGAGGCUAUCGAAAACAUCCGAACAAGGUGCACAAGAGUUCAAGAACGAGGUUGUUCUUGUCGCCAAACUUCAGCAUAGGAAUCUUGUUAAGCUUCUUGGGUACUGUCUGGAACCAGAGGAGAAAAUACUUGUUUACGAGUUUGUCCCCAACAAGAGCCUAGACUACUUCCUUUUUGAUCCUACAAAGCAAGGGCAGUUAGACUGGACAAAACGAUACAACAUUAUCGGAGGAAUCACUCGAGGAAUUCUAUAUCUUCAUCAAGAUUCACGACUAACAAUCAUACACCGUGAUCUCAAAGCCAGCAACAUUCUUCUAGAUGCCGAUAUGAUCCCGAAAAUCGCUGAUUUUGGAAUGGCGAGGAUAUCUGGAAUAGACCAAAGUGUAGCUAACACAAAAAGGAUAGCUGGAACUUUCGGUUACAUGCCUCCAGAAUACGUGAUCCAUGGCCAGUUCUCGAUGAAAUCUGAUGUCUAUAGCUUCGGUGUUUUGAUUCUUGAGAUUAUAUGUGGCAAGAAGAAUAGAAGCUUUUACCAAGCAGAUACUAAAGCUGAAAAUUUGGUCACCUAUGUUUGGAGGUUGUGGACAAACGGAUCACCAUUAGAGCUCGUGGAUCUAACCAUAUCAGAGAAUUGUCAAACAGAAGAAGUUAUAAGAUGCAUCCACAUCGCACUCCUAUGUGUUCAAGAAGAUCCUAAAGAUCGUCCCAACUUGUCAACAAUCAUGAUGAUGCUCACUAACAGUUCCCUCAUUUUAUCUGUUCCUCAACCACCUGGAUUCUUUGUUCCGCAAAACAAAGAACGUGAUAGCUUUUUGUCGAGCCAAUUUACAAUGGGAUGUACUUCUCAGACUAAAAAUGAUGUAACCAUUACAAAUCUAGAUCCUCGUUGAAGUUGCUGUUCCAAUUGACAAAUUGGAAUUGUUACUGAAAACAACGCAGAUUCCACAUGUGAGGUAUUAUUUCACUUGAAAAUGAAAUGUGAUGAUCCAUAGUUAUGUAAGAUUUGUGAGUCACUCAAAGUUAUUUUUCAUACAAACUCUUUAUCAUUUCUACAUUGUAACAUUGGUUUGUUGUAUUGAAGAUUUCUGAUACGAAUGGCUUCAAAAUUUUAUAAACAUACCAAUUCAUGUAUAGUAGUAACGCAAAUGUUGUUAUGCAUGUAAAAAAGCUCUGUAAAUUAGACGGAUUCGGUUUGGCUUUACCGGUAGACGAAUUUCUACGAAUAUUUACCCAAA